CGAAUCCUUGAGGCUUUUCGAGUCCGUUUAUAUUCUCCAUGCCCCGUCUUUCCUACGCACUCUGUGCGCUAGCGCUAGGCUAUACUGCAUUGGCAGCUCCUAAGCUUUCACCUCGUGCUACAGUCAGCUUGGACGCCUGGUUGGCCACUGAGACAACUUUCUCCCUCAAUGGAAUUCUGCAAAAUAUUGGUGCCAGCGGUGCUUAUGCCCAGAGUGCCAAGGCUGGUGUAGUUAUCGCCAGUCCCAGUACAUCCAACCCGGACUAUUACUACACCUGGUCGAGAGACUCCGCUCUCACGUUAAAAGUCCUCACCGAUCUCUUUACCAACGGAAAUCUGGCUUUGCAGACCGUUAUAGAGGAAUAUGUGAACGCACAGGCCUAUCUGCAGACCGUCUCCAAUCCCUCUGGUGAUCUCUCGACUGGUGCUGGUCUUGGUGAGCCAAAGUUCAACGUUGAUCUGAGUGCGUAUACUAGCAGCUGGGGCCGUCCUCAGCGGGAUGGUCCUGCUCUACGUGCUAUCGCUCUUAUUACUUUCGGCAACUGGUUGAUUGACAAUGGAUACUCUAACUAUGCUGUCAAUAAUAUCUGGCCCAUUGUACGCAAUGACCUGUCUUACGUUGCCCAGUACUGGAGCCAGAGUGGCUAUGAUCUCUGGGAGGAGGUCAAUAGCAUGUCCUUUUUCACGGUUGCUAACCAGCACCGUGCCCUUGUCGAGGGAAAUACCUUUGCUGGCAGGGUUGGAGCGUCCUGCUCUUGGUGCCAGUCGCAGGCACCCCAGAUCCUCUGUUAUAUGCAAUCAUUCUGGACUGGGUCCUAUAUCAAUGCGAACACUGGUGGAGGUCGCUCUGGCAAGGAUGCCAACACCGUUCUAGCCAGCAUCCACACAUUUGACCCCGAGGCCACAUGCGAUGACACCACCUUCCAGCCUUGCUCAUCUCGCGCCCUCGCGAACCACAAAGUGUACAUUGACUCGUUCCGUUCCAUCUAUUCUCUCAAUUCUGGUAUUGCUGAGGGCGUUGCCGUUGCUGUUGGUCGCUAUCCUGAAGAUUCAUACUAUAAUGGCAAUCCCUGGUUUUUGUCCAAUCUCGCCGCCGCCGAACAGUUAUACGAUGCCAUCUACCAAUGGAACAAAGUUGGUUCUAUCACCAUCACCAGUACUUCUCUGGCCUUCUUUCAAGAUGUUUAUAGCUCCGCAGCAGUUGGCACUUACGCCUCCGGUAGCUCCGCCUUUACAGCUAUCAUCAGCGCGGUCAAGACCUAUGCCGACGGGUAUGUUAGCAUCGUUCAGGCUCACGCUGCGGCCAACGGCUCCCUCUCUGAGCAAUACGAUAAGACGUACGGCUCUGAGCUCUCCGCCCGUGAUCUCACCUGGUCAUAUGCCGCCCUGUUGACGGCCAACAUGCGCCGCAGUGGCAUCGUGCCUCCAUCUUGGGGCGCCAGCUCCGCCAACACAGUUCCUUCUUCUUGCUCCACGGGCUCUGCCACUGGCACUUAUAGUACCGCUACUGCUACUUCUUGGCCCACUAGCCUGACCAGCGGCACCGCAGCGACAUCUACCUCGGCCUCAACCUCUACGUCUCGAUCUACUUCUACAACCAGCACCACCUCUGCUUGCACCACCCCCACCUCCAUUGCUGUCACCUUUGACGAGAUUGCCACUACCACCUACGGUGAAAAUAUUUUUAUUGUCGGAUCGAUCUCGCAGCUGGGUAACUGGGACACCAACAGUGCCGUCGCACUCAGCGCCAGCAACUACACCUCCAGCAACCACCUCUGGUACGUAACCAUCAACCUACCCGCCGGUACUACCUUCCAAUACAAGUAUAUUCGCAAGGAGUCUGACGGCUCGGUUACUUGGGAGAGUGACCCCAACCGCUCAUAUACAGUACCUUCGGGAUGUAGUGUUAGUACUGCUACCGAGAAUGAUACAUGGCGGUAAGGAAUCGCCAAUGGAUAAAUCAAGUUCGGAGAGAUUAGCAUUUUAAAUUAAAUAUGAAAAAUUGGGCACAUGUAUCUAGAAUGUAG